GCGGAGCGCCGAACUACACUUCCCAACGCCCCUGCGCAACGGAAGUGACGUAAGAGCAAGCCGAGUCGGAAGGUUUGGGUAAAAAUGGCUGAAUAUUUAGCUUCGAUAUUCGGGACUGAGAAGGACAAGGUUAACUGCUCUUUUUACUUUAAGAUCGGGGCCUGCCGGCACGGAGACCGGUGCUCUCGGCUUCACAACAAACCGACUUUCAGCCAGACCAUAGUGCUGCUCAACCUGUACCGGAAUCCACAGAACACGGCCCAAACAGCAGACGGCUCGCAUUGUCACGUGAGCGACGUGGAGGUGCAGGAACACUACGAUAACUUCUUCGAGGAGGUGUUCACAGAGCUGCAGGAGAAGUACGGGGAGAUCGAGGAGAUGAACGUCUGCGACAACCUGGGCGACCACCUCGUGGGCAACGUCUACGUCAAGUUCCGGCGGGAGGAGGAUGCGGAGCGGGCAGUGGCUGAACUCAAUAACCGCUGGUUCAAUGGGCAAGCCGUGCACGCCGAGCUGUCCCCUGUCACCGACUUCCGGGAGUCGUGCUGUCGGCAGUACGAGAUGGGGGAAUGCACCCGAGGCGGCUUCUGCAACUUCAUGCACCUGCGGCCCAUUUCCCGGAACCUGCGGCGGCAGCUCUACGGGCGGGGACCCAGGCGCAGGUCACCCCCAAGGUCCCACGCUGGCCAUCGUCCCCGAGAGAGGAACAGACGGCAUUCUCCGGACCACCGGCACGGCCGCUUCUGAGACUGGCCGCCUUGCCCUUCACCCUGACGGAUGUUCCCGGCCAGGAUGCCUCUUCAAGCCCCAUCUUUCCAGGCUCUGGGAUUUAAUCGUCUAUUGCCCCUCUCUCAAAUAAAGUGGUUUAAGGCUUUGUA